UAGAUUUUGGGGCUCAAGUCAGACACACAUCCUCUAUCCACAUUAGAAUAUUCAGGACAGCAUUACUUGGUGCCAACAAGUAAAAUGUUCUUCACAUUAAAUGAAAUUGUUCAAUGGAUUGGAUUGACAGUUUUUGAAAUAUGGAUUAACUUGAUUACAAUCACAAUAUUUUCUGCAUUGCUUGCUCUUAAGAUUGAUGGUGUGGUGAACAGUGCAUGGUGGACUAUAUUUGCUCCAUUAUUUGUGAGUGAUGCCAUGAAUGCAUACUUUUGUUGCAUAGUGUGUAUCCGUAUGACAUUAGAAAACUCUUAUAAAGCAUCAAUACAUAGAGCGUCAUGGAGCUGUAUAUUUCUAGGCUUAACAUUUGUAUUUAAGUUCUUGUUAUGUAGAAAGCUUCAAGGUGAUUCAGCCAUAGAAUACAGUGAGGUAUUUGCACCGUUGUUUAUUCUAUUACAAUUAAUUGCUGUGAGAGCAUGUCAGUUACAUCAAUGAAAGUUUAUAUACUUUUUGGUAUAAUAAAUGUCUAAAUUAAAA